GUGUCUUUCAAGCCGCAGACAUGGACCGGUUGUUUUGGCUGUCUCUCCUGCUCGCCCACCUGUUGGUCACAGCUGGCAAGGAUACAUGUCAUGUCAACAUAUCACAGUCAAACAACAUAAUCUGGAAGAAAAUAGGGGAAGAAGCUGUUUUCAAUUGUACAGUUAUUUCCAAGUGUUCAGUAGAAUUUUACUGGUUCAAAGAGAAUGUCUCUCUACCGCUUCAUAUGAGUAAAAAGUACCAAGGAGAAGCGUCUUUUCAAAUUAAUUCACUUAAAGCGAGUGACAGCGGGAUGUACUUCUGUGCCGCAGCAACUCAGAAUGGGUGCUGCACACCGUUUGUAGGGGAGGGAGCAACUCUUGUAGUGAGAGAAAAUACUAAAACAGUGAUGGGAAAAAUCGUGUUGGUAUCAUUUGUCCUCUUGGCCGUCUACAGCUUGACUAUAGUGACGCUCAUCAUUCUAAAGAAGUAUGGCUGCAAUAUGAACAUCUGCAGAAAGACAUCCAAAAACGACAAGAAAAACGCAAAUAAAAAAGUACAGUUCCAGGACGUGCUGAAAGAAAUGCACAAGAAGAGAAACAUGGAGAAAAACAAUCAAACAGCAAGCAGAAGCUCUUCUGAAGUUGAGCCCUCGAGCAACGACCUGCAGCAUUCUUCUGAUGACAUCUAUCAAAAUGUCUAAGCUUCAUUCAAGGAAUUGAUGAAUUCAGACCUCCAUCAUCUUGACGGAAAGGAAAUUGUAAAGCCAUUAAACACCAGCUGGAUGAUGCUGUUGAGUCUGAGGAAACAAGCAAGUCUGCAAAGGAUGCAAGUCAUUUGUGCUUCUAAUCUUUUCUCAUGAAAUGAGACAUAAAAACUACAAAACCAGCGUGGACCAGGCGACUAUUUCCUCUCUAAACGUCAAGGCUCUUACACAACCCGCCUCUCACAAAGCAUUCGAAGUUGUGUUGGUCUCCACCGCGCUUCCACAGCUUCCUUGUUGCUCAUAACAACUUUUUCCAAGGAUUUUAUUUUCAGGACUUUCUGCAACACAAAAGGGGGAUAAUUAGACGAUCCACAUUAGAGGAAUUACAUCUGAAUUUCACUUCUACAAAAAGCAAAAUGUUACACCUUUUAUUGCACGAAUCAUUAAUCACGACGAUUACUGGCAGUGAACUGACAUGAAAUGAUAAAGCCAUUUCUCAUUAAAGGGGUCAUGGCACUUUUUUGAUAGCGCUUAAUGUUUGUUACAUUAUUGACCAAGAAUUUCUUUAAAACAUUCUUAAAAUCUAAUCAAAAACAUAAAUGUACCACGGAUAGAUUUUUUUUACCAUUUUUAAUUAGAAACAACACAUUUAUAGAAUCUGAUACCAAAACAUAGAACAAGAUACAGCACAUGUCUGUAUGUCAAAUACAGCUUAUGUUAUCAUAGGAAAAGAGAGGGCCUUGUUUCUCUUUAGAGAAAUCACAGUAAACUUAUUAGAAAUUCACAUUAAGGCAGUGUUUAGCAUUCUGAGCCAGUUGUGAAGCAUAUCCCAUCCCCUAAAUCUCAAUACAUUUUACAUUAUAAUGUCCAUUCAUACACUGGAUUAUAAUCCUUAGAUUAGUUUUCACCAUUUACAGCCUUUAUUCAAAGUCUGCAUAAACUGCCCCGUUUGGGCUUCUCUCUACUGUAAACUAUCAAAUACAGGUGAUGCGAGCCACUUGAAUCAUGUUUUGUUUUUUUAAUCUGCAUGGAGGUUAUUAACCAUCAGGUUUGUGACACUAACUGUCUUUUUCAUCGGGUAAAAUAAGGCAUUUCAUUAACUGGCAAAAUGAAAUUUUUUGUUCUUGAUGAAUACCUUUCAUUGAUCAUCACUGUUGAUGCCAGAGCUUGUGAGACCUGAGUUUAAGUGACAAUAAUUUCUGAUGUUAUGUGGCCACUUUAUGCGUCUGCAUCUGUGAAAAGCUAAAUGGAGUGUUUUUACCUUUCUCUCCCUCUCCAUUAUAUAGAUGAUAUAUAAAAGCAUCAUAAACAGACAAAAAAAAUGAAACAAAAUAUUUUUUGUGUACAAAAUGAUCAAAAAAAUCAAAGUCGACACUUAAAUGAUAGUCUUCAAGAAAUAACCACAUGACAAGUUUUUUGUUCCAGAGAUGCGAAGCUGUUAACUAAAUACUUCUCUUCAAGUAGA